GAUAGCGAUUAGCCCCUGAGGCUCUGCUGACUGGGUGGUUUUACCUCCUCCUUGUCUAGUUGUUGCCUCCUAUCAUCAUUAAAGCUAUUUUUAAAUUUAACCCUCCUCACUGGAUCCAUACGUUCAGCUUGACCACGGGGAUAAAAUAUGUUUCAAAGUGCAAAAAAGAUAAGAAAUGCACUAUAUAGAAUUUUCCCCUCAAAUGCAUAAAUUAGCUUUUAUCUGUAAUUUAGAGGCUGAUUCUGUCCGUUCUGCAGCACAUUUACCAGGUUCUUGUAUCAAAGUGCCACGUUUUCCUCUUGUGUUUGCCCACAAACACUCUUCACUGACAUGUUGAUGAAGUAGAAGCCCCGCUAACAAAUCACCCCAUUAAAUCUUCAAGUAAACGAGCUGUAAAUAGAGCUCGAAUGACUGGAGGGCUUUUCUUGAAAUGGAAACUUGUGACCGCAGUGCUGAGUCUGACGCGAUAGGCAUAAAGCUUUCGAUGGGAGAGUUUAUCUAAUGUGGCAGGAGAAAAAUAAACAUAUUGAAUUCCUUUACUGCAAGAGCAUCCUCACAUGGUUAAAAUUUAAUGUAGAAAAUACCCCGUUAACAGGAAAUGCCUCCGAACUUACCAUGAAUGAAAGUAAAUAACUCUACAUUUGAAUAAUGCUGUUAUUAAUGCUUGAUGUGGCAGUGGUGGAGGCAACAAGAGGCAGCUGACUCUCAAGGAGUAGUCAAGAGCAGAGGAUGAGCCGAGAAAAGUCAGACAGACAGAAGAUAAGAGUGCAGAAUAAUGGAGAGGGGGUGUCUGGUCAGGUAAAGAGGGCGGAGCUAACGCAGCGCUGCUUGGUUACAUUCCAAACAAAGCUGCUGAUUUGUGGAAGCAAGAGAAGAGGAGGGAAAAGGGGAAGAGAAACAGCAAGGAUUGAGGGGGAAGGAUGGAAAGAGAUGAGAGGAGCGAAUGCACCGUGCCACACACACACACACACGCACACACGCACCGUCACCCUUAGAGACGGUGGUGAUGCUGGACUGGGGCAUCUUAAUGCAACUGUGGAGUCUUCACUUGGAUAGACUUCUGCUGAGGUGUCUCCACUGAGCAGUGCCACCGUCCAGACGGAGGGAGAGAAGCAGAAAGUCUGGAUGCAAGUGUUGGGAUGAGGAGUUGAUCCGCCGUAGGACGGGGGUUUCAAGGAGCAGAAGAAGAAGCGGGGGAGUUGGGAGACUGAGGAUGCACUAGCAGGAGGAGCUGCUGAGUGUGCAGCUGCAGCAGCCUGGGCUCUCACACACCCACACACACACACACACACUCACAUCUUCCGCUUGGAGGACAGUGUGUGGUGCCCCCAGUGGAAAAUGAAGAAGCAUUCGGCCCGAGUGGUUCCUCUCAGCUCAUACAGCACCCAAGUCCUGACCAGCCCCAACUCUGAAGGAGAGGAUGGUUUGGAUUCCCGGGCGGAGACGCCGGGCAGUGAGACCAGCAGCGAGACCCGAUCCUUCCACACUUGUGCCAACACGGUUCUGAAGGUGCUGGGGGGUCUUUUGAUGGUGCUGUGCAUUUCCUCCUCAUGGGUGGGUACCACUCAGGUGGUGAAGCUGACCUUCCAGUCAUUUUCCUGUCCCUUCUUCAUCUCCUGGUUCAGCAGUAACUGGAACAUCCUCAUCUUCCCUAUCUACUACUCGGGGCACGUUUUUACCACACGGGAGAAGCAAACCCCCAUUCAGAAAUUCAGGGAGUGCAGCAGACUCUUUGGGGAGGACGGAAUGACUCUCAAGCUUUUCAUAAAGAGGACGGCACCCUUCUCAAUCCUGUGGACUCUGACCAACUACCUGUAUCUCUUAGCCUUGAAGAAACUGACCUCCACUGAUGUCUCGGCUCUCUACUGCUGCCACAAGGCCUUCGUCUUUCUCCUGUCAUGGAUCGUCCUCAAGGAUCGCUUCAUGGGAGUUCGGAUUGUUGCAGCCAUCAUGGCGAUCACAGGCAUUGUGAUGAUGGCUUAUGCUGAUGGCUUCCAUGGCGAUUCUUUUGUGGGUGUGGCACUGGCCGUGGGCUCUGCCUCCACCUCAGCUCUCUAUAAGGUGCUGUUCAAGAUGUUCCUUGGCAGUGCCAACCUUGGAGAAGUAGCUCAUUUUCUAUCCACAAUGGGCUUCUUCAACCUCAUCUUCAUCUCCUGUGUGCCCCUCAUCCUCUACUUCACCAGGAUAGAGCACCUGGGCUCGCUGUCUUCGAUGCCCUGGGGCUACUUGUGUGGACUGGCGGGACUGUGGCUGGUGUUCAACAUUCUGGUCCAUGUAGGAGUGGUGCUGACUUACCCCAUCCUCAUUUCCAUUGGGACACUGCUAAGUGUGCCGGGUAAUGCAGCCGUGGAUGUUUUGAAACAUGAGGUAAUCUUCAGUGUGGUGCGACUGGCGGCGACCUGCAUCAUCUGCCUCGGCUUCCUUCUCCUGCUGCUGCCGGAGGAGUGGGACUCCGUCACGCUGCAAUUCUUCGCCAACAUUGCUGACAAGAAGUCCGAGGAGCAAGGGGAAGAGCUGACAGAAUCCAGCGUCAACACUCGAAGCCGCAGCCGAGCAAACGGCACGGUCUCCAUUCCUUUAGCAUGACACCGCUGCACACAGUGGCGUGGCCAGAUUUUUUAAAAUGGGGUGGCCCAGGUAGUGCACUUCUUUGUGCAUGGGUGGCACCAAUGGUUAUGCCUUUUCUUUUUUUACCCCAAGCUUUUUGUGGAAAAGUAUUUAAAAGAAAUUCUGUGGGGUGGCCAAUCAGAUUCCAAGGGUGGCAUGUGCUACCCCAGGCCACCCCCUGGACACACCCCUGGCUGCACAAACCCCUGUAACACAGCUACAAGCUGCUUCAUCCUGAAGCUGCAGUAGAAAACUUGCUUCACAGACUUCCAAUACAGGACUUGGGAAGCAACAACUUGAAAUGAAACUGCAGAUCUGUCACUUCAGAGAAGAAGGGGAGAGAACACAAACCAAAAAAGUGGUAUUUAUUUUUUGAAAUACUCGCUCUGAUGUUCUGCACAUGGCUAAAGCAAGAGCUGACUGGCUUCUCCUGACAUGCUGUAUUCUGUGAAUAUAAAUUUUCAGCAGGAC